AUGUUAUCACCUAAUGUCGUUGUUUCAAACGAAAUUUCAAAAGAUGUGGAGGCUCCUUCUAUGGAGAUGAAAUUAUUUUCCAAUUCAUCCAAUGACCAAAAGCAUGAUGAUGCUAUGGAACCAAAAUUAAAACAUACAAAUUUCCGAAUUGAUUUUGCGUAUUGUAAUCCAAAAAUUAAAUUCGCUCAACAAUCUGGAGUUUGUACUCAUUCCGUGGAUUCUGUUCUGUUGGCAGGUUUUGUUCCGUUGGAAAAGAAGAGUGUAGUUGCUAAGAAGAAUAACGCACCAUUGAAAAUUAUGGAUCUAUGUACUGGAAAUGCAGCAAUUCCAAUGUUACUGUAUUACCGAUUGAAAUAUCUGGCAUUGGAAAGGGAGGAAAUUGAACAAGAAAAAAAGAACAGAUAUUUAAAUUCGGUGAUGAGGCAAAGAAAGCCAGAAAAUAUGGAACCACACUUGAGUGAAAUGUUAAGUCAUGACAAGUUCAAUGAAAAUAUUGCAAAUCAUGAUGAACAAAUAUCAUCAGAGAUUAGAGAAACAUGCUCGAUACAUGACAAAAGUGUUGAUUCGAGGUUUGCAAAAGUAGAACUUCCAUGCAUCAUUAAAGGAGUAGAGAUUCAGGAUGAUGUUAUUGCAUUGGCACAAAAAACAUUAGAGCUUAAUGAGGGAUCGAGCUCGGUCAUUGAAAUUAUUCACAAUGAUUUAACACGCGAGGAUUUUGUCACACCGGCCGAUCGAGGAAAAUUCGAUAUUGUAACAUGUAAUCCUCCGUAUUUCAAACCUGAAGAAGGGACUAUCAAUCAUUCCAACCAUAUCUCAAUUGCCAAAUUUGAAAUCAAGUGCAACUUGAAAGACGUCGUUUCGUGUGCUGCAAAGUUACUUAAAAAUUAUGGACUAUUUGUAAUGGUUCAUCGUGCAUGCAGAUUGUCAGAUAUUCUCGUCACAUUGAGAGAGUAUAGGUUGGAAGUGAGAAGAAUGCAAUUUGUCUUCUCGAGGAGUGAACGUAGAGGAAUCACGGAUGUGAAGGUUGAAAAUGACAAGUCUAAACAUGUUGAAAAUGGAGAAAAUCUUCAACAAUCACCAUCAAACAUGUCCUCGAGUAAGAAGAAGAAUUCUAAUAAGAAACAACAACAACAACCCAAUGCAACCACUGCUGUACUUAUUGAAGCGGUAAAGGUUCAGACCGAUUCAAGCGAGGAUGGAGCUGAUAGUACUAUUCACAGUUUUUUGCAUGUCAUGGAACCACUUUAUUUAUAUGAAAAUGAUUCGAGCAAUAUAUACACGAAGGAAGUUUGGAAUGAGGUUUUUUCUAAAUUCAAUUACCAUGUCCCCUCGAAUAAAGAGAAAUAA